CUGCAAUUUUUAUUUGAACUGCCAGCAAGACUAAAGAAGUGCAUUGAAAUGAAGGCAUAUGGACAAGCUGUCAGAUAUUACACUAAAGCCAGGACAGUGUUACAUCAAUAUCAACAUAUGCCAUCUUUUAAUAGCAUACAAUUGGACUGUAACGAUAUCAUAGCAGAAUUAAGAACUCAUCUUAGAGAACAGUUUCGAGACAAUGAAUCUACACCUAAACAGCUGGCUGAAUGUGUGGAUCUUCUGAUGCAGCUCAAAGAACCAGCAGAUGAACUUUGUGAUGAAUUCCUGUCUCAUUCGCAGCAGAAGUUGGAUGAAGAUUUGGCAGAAAUGGAAGCUCAGUUGCAAUUAAAGCGAGAAGGUUCGCCUAAUCUUCCUACAACAGACAGCAAAGAAAUUGAACAAGCAUUACGAAAUAUACCAAUGGAUGUUCUAGAGUUCAUUGACACCAGUUGCAAUACAUUCCUGAGUAAUAUGUGUUUAGUUAUAGCAACUUAUAAAGAAUUAUUUGUCAACAGACAAGCUACAGCGGAUUGUAAGCAGCAAGAACUGGAUAAGAUUGCUCAUGAUAAACUGGGAAAGUUUGUCAACUCCAGAAUGGAAUUAUAUUUUAAUUAUGUCACAGAGCGAGUUGAAGCUGAG